AUGUCAAACAAUCUUAUGCCAUUCAAUCUCUCUGCGGCCGCGGUAGGUGGAGGUGUGGUUCCAGAACCGCCGCGCCCGGACCAAGCUCAAGCAGACGGAGGUGGACUGCGACUCUGCGAGUACCUCAAGCGCUGGUGCAAGCAGCUGGCCGAGGAGAACCACCGUCCACCGCCCCAGUAUAAGCUCUUGGGUAUGGAAUCUCCUGUGCAAGGGAAGAGUAAUGAAAGUGAGGGGACUGAUUCAGAGAGUAAUUCAUUUGACAAGAACGAUGAGAUGUCUGAGGAUGAGAUGAUAGUGCUAGGUGGGAAAGGUGCUGCUGAAUCUGAUGGUGGAAGUGGAAAAGGAGGCAAGAAAAGGCGCAGGGGGGUGAAGAAGAAGGUUAAGGUGCAAGGGGAAGGGGGCAGCAGGAACAAAUCCAAAGUUUGGGAUGUCUUUGAUAAGGUGACUAUGCCAGAUCCGAAUGAGAAGGGAAAAGUGUUAUCAAAGGCAAAGUGCAAAUACUGUAAGAAGAUGUAUGCUUACAUACAAGGGUCAACAACGUCGACAUUAUCAAGGCACAUGAAGAAUUGUGACAUGUACAAGAAACAUAUAGCAGAGAAGCUAGAUCAAAAACUUUUGAGCUUUGCUCCUUCAAAGGCAGGUGAAUCUGGUUCUAGUCUCCCUACUAUCACGUCUCCAAAAGAUUAUAAUCAUGAUCAAGUUAAGAAAUUAAUUGCCAAGAUGAUUAUAGUUCAUGAGUACCCAUUUAGGAUGGUUGAGCACACAUGGUUUAACAUUGUCAUGACUUAUUUGAAUCCUCUAUACCAGUUUAUUGGUAGGAAGACCAUAAAAGCUGAAUGCUUGAAAGUGUCUGAGUCUGAAAAAAAAGCACUAGCAAAGAUCAAUAAAGGUGUGGAUUUCAUUUCCUUAACCACUGAUUUGUGGACAUCUAAUCAAACAUUAUCGUAUAUGUGUUUGGUUGCACACUACAUAGAUAGUGAUUGGAAAAUGCAAUAUCGUGUGCUGUAUUUUUUUGAGUUAGAUCCUCCACACAAAGGACCUGUGAUAGGACAAGCUGCAUAUGAUUGUGUUGCUGCAUGGAAAAUAGAGGAUAAGAUUAUAUCCUUGACUCUAGAUAAUGCUGCAAACAAUGAUGGUGCUAUCCGUGGUUUGAGGGCUAGGUUUGCAGCUAGACAGGGUUAUGCCUUCAAUGCAAAAUACUUCCUUGUCCGGUGUUGUGCACACAUUAUUAAUUUAGUUGUCAAUGAUGGAACUACCGCAUUAGCUUCCUUGAUAGAGAACUUAAGGUGCACUGUGAAGUACCUUAAGAAGUCUCCAUCUCGCAUGCAUAAGUUUGUAGAGAUAUGUAGAUCUCUUGCAUUGCAAAUUGGAGAAGGGAUGAGGCUUGAUGUGUCAACGAGGUGGAGUUCAACAUACAAGAUGUUGCGUACUGCUAUAGCUUACAAGGAAGCUAUUCAAGCAUAUGCUGAUGCAGAUUUAAACUAUAAGUGGGAACCUACGACUGAGGAAUGGGAUUUGUUUGUUGCAAUUGAACCAAUUCUUGCAUAUUUAGCUAAGGUAACCACUGCAUUGUCAACUUCUUCAUAUCCCACUACAAAUCUAUUCUAUCCUCACAUUGUGGAUGUCAAGAUUGCAUUGAGGGCAGCAAUGUUUUCCAAUAAUUUAAAUUUGAAGAAAAUGGGUACUGCAAUGAUGGAAAAAUUCAACAAGUACUGGGAAGAAAAGAAUAAUGUUAUGGUGGUUGCUACUAUCCUAGAUCCGAGGUAUAAGAUGAGAUAUAUUGAGUGGUGCUUUGGUAGGAUUUUUGAUGUAGACCAAAGUGGAUUUGAGAUACAGGAAGUUCGAGCUGAGUUAGAAAAGUUGUAUGAAGAGUGUGCGUUGCAGCAUAGAGAGAAAAAAGCUGCUCAAAGCAAGUCCAAUGCAUCCUCAUCCUUGACGAUUGAUAGAUCGUGCGGUUUGCCUUCUACUUCAUGUGAAUUUCAGUCAUAUUUAUCAUCUACUGAAGCGAACCCAUCAAAGAGUGAGCUGCUCAUCUAUUUGGAUGAGCUGAAUGCUGGAGAGUGGAGACAUCAGGACAUGGAGAUGGAGCUGGUCAGCUGGACUUCGCCGUUGCUUGCUAGAUGUGGAUGGCUUGGAGCUGGACUUGGGUUGCUUGCUGGUCUGCUGGAUCCUGGAUGUGGAAUUGUGGAUGGUGCCUCAGUGCCUCAGUGCCUACCUGGGCGGCUGGGCGCCUGGCUGGCUGGCUGCCUGCUUUUGUAG